AAUAAUAAAUUAAAUUAUAAAAAAAUAAGCUUUUUUAAAAUUGUUAAGAAAGUUUUAUUAAUUAGUUUUAAAUUAAAACUUUUAAAUACAAUACAAUACUAUUUAGUUUUUUAUAUUUUAUUUUUUAAAUUAGUAUUUAAAAAUCUAUAUAUUAAGAAUCAUAUUAUUAUUAAAUUUAAUAAAUUAAAAUACGAGGUUAAAUAUAUUAUUAACUACCGAGUUUAA